AUGUGGCCGCCUUUUUGGGAACAGUUCAACCAAGUGAUCCACAACAACGGUGGCCUCACCGACUUCGACAAGUUCACCUAUCUACGCUCAGUCUUGACCGGCGACGUGGCAUUGGCGAUCGCGGGCCUUCUAGCAACUGCGAGCAGCUACAGUGAUGCCCUGGACAUUCUAAAGCGGCGCUUUGCUAAGGACGACUUGAUCAUUCAGGAUCACAUGCAGCGACUCAUCGACUUGCAACCCGUUCGAUCCCCCAAUGACCUUCGUGGCCUUCGAAGCCUCUACGACACUGUGCAGUCCCAGACACGUGCCCUCGAGACUCUCGGGAUAUCGGAAGAUAAUUAUUCUUCAAUGCUCUACGCCAUUCUCCUGAAAUCGCUUCCUCACGAUAUUGUCCUCGAUUUCAACAAGACCAUCGCACGUCCAGAGUUUCGAGGAAAGGGGAGGAGCUGGAAGCACUGGCGAACAAGCACAGCGCACCCAGCAACAGAAGGCGAGCAUUAA